UAAGAAAAGUUACCCCAAUUUUGUUUACACCAUCUCCACUCAAUAUCGAAAAAUCGUCGAUUGAGUCUCCUUAUAUAUAUAAACAUCCAAACUACGGAGAAAUUACAAAAUUUCAAAAUAAUGUAUUCAUCAUCAUCUGUAUCAAAAUAUCUCGUUUCUGUCCCUAUCUUGGCCAUAGUGGCCAUACAACUGCUUUUUAUACGUAGUGUUUUUUCCUUGAACCAGACCAAUGCGUAUCUAAACCAUAAAUGCAUCAACGAACAAGGGACAUACAAGUCAGGUAGUCCAUACGAGAAAAACCUCAACAGUCACAUCCGUACUAUCUCUACCUUAAAUUUAAACUUUGGUUUCGUCCACUCCUCCAACGGUGACGCUCCCAACUCUGUCUUUAUUAAGCUACAGUGUCGGGGAGACUCCUACUUUUCAAAAUGCCGUUCUUGCCUUACAACAGCCAACUCCGAGAUUAGUAGGAGAUGUCCGAAAAACAAGGGGAAAAUAUACGAUAACUGUGUUCUUGAGAUCUCUUCGAUCAAUACCUUUGACAAGAUUGAUUACCAGAACUAUUUCGAUAUGUACAAUGCGAGAGAUGUGAGAGGUGAUAUUGAGUCAUUCAACAAGAAUACGAGGGAUCUCCUUCAGGAGCUGAAGGAGAAAGCCAACAAAAAGAGCAAGAAGGAUUUCAUGUUCGCUGCAGGGGAGAAGAGCCUCGGGACAAAAAAGUUGUAUGCGAUGGUGCAGUGUACGAAGGACUUGUCGCCUAACAAUUGCAAUGUUUGCCUAAAUUGGAUUAUGGCGAAGCUUCCUAAAUGUUGCAAGGGUAAAGAAGGAGGAAGAGUUUUGAGUACGAGUUGUAAUUUUAGGUAUGAGCUGUACCCUUUUCUCAUGAUUUGAAGAUUAUUAAUUAAGAAAAAAACUUCUGUUUGAGGAUUUCGUUUGGAUGGUGUUACAAAAUGUAAAGAUGUGUGUGAAAUUAAAUGCAGCAUCUCUUUACUAACAAAAGCUUCAAUUCUUAAACUGAAGCUAUAUUAUAUUGUAGUGUAAUUGUUUUUUUUUUUUUUUUCUGGGUAAAGUUGUAUUGUAAUUGCUGAUUAUA